UCAAACUUAGGCGAUCCGCGGAAAUGGGUGAGUGGUGAAACGUCACCAACUACCACACUGUAGUUAGUUUCAAAACAGAAAACUGACAUAAACGAAGUAAUUAAUCAUUAGUUUAUGUUAAAGAACUUCUAUUAAGAUUUUUGACAAAAUAUUUAAAGUAUGUUUAAGAACUUGGGGGCUUGGUUUGGAAUAGAAGGUGAAAAUGGCCAAGUUAAACAAGAAGGCGAGUCUAUUGUUGAUGUCAACGAGGACACGAAUCAUGAAAUAAACAAAACGACGGCUGCUGUUGAAAGUGAGCGGACAAGUGCUGCUGAGAGAGAUGCUAAAGGCUUCAGUGGUUUCAUCUAUGAUUUCGCCAGCAGUGCCUCAAAGAAACUGUCCGAGUCCGUGGUUGAAACGGCACAAACAUUGAAGAAAAGUGUAGAGGAGGGGAAAAUAAAUGGAAUCAUUGAUAAGACCAUUUUGGGUGAUUUCCAGAAAGAACAAGAAAAGUUUGUUCAGGAGAAAAAAGCAAAAACGUUUGGUGCUGCUGUGCCACCAUGGGUCGGUUAUAAUGAAGAGGACACCAUACAGCAACAGAUUUUAGCUCUCUCAGCUGACAAAAGAAAUUUUUUGCGAGACCCUCCUGCCGGGAUGCAUUUUCACUUUGACUUUGAGCAAAUGUAUCCAGUUGCCAUGGUGAUGCUGGAGGAAGAUGAGCUACUCAGAAAGAUGCGCUUCCAUCUGGUCCCCAAACAGGUGAAAGAGGAAGUGUUCUGGAAGAAUUACUUCUACCGCGUGUCCUUGAUAAAACAGUCGGCUCAGCUCACAGCUCUAGCAGCACAACAGACUGCUGAAUGGAGGCAUGUGGAGAAAACUGGCUGCAGUCCUCAGGAUCCUCAUCAAAAGGAUGUAGUUAAAGGGAAAAAUCCAUCUGCCAUCUGUCGUACCAAACCGAAGUCAAGUGGGGAUGAAGAGGAGAUCUCCACCAGCCCGCAUGUGUCGGAAUUUGUGAGUGAUGCUUUUGACUCAUGCAAGAUAAACGAGGACGACUUACGCAAAGAAAUGGAACAGCUAGUUCUGGACAAGCGGGAACAUUCAAACACACAGCAGGAGGAGACUGCGGACUGGGAGAGAGAGCUGCAGGAGGAACUUCAGGAGUACGACGUGUUGGCUGAUAACGAGAACCACGAUGACAACUGGGACAAAGAGAUUGAAGAUAUGCUAAAGGAGUAGUUAGAGCAAUUAAGCUCCUCUAGGCUUAACUGUUUGAAGGACACCACCGCUAAAGUCAUAAACAGCACCUGAUGAUAGAUUUUAUUCUCCUAGUGGGAUGAUUAAUUUCAAUAUUGGUCAUCUGAAAGAGAUGGAGAAAUACCACUGAAUGUCAUUAACAUUUCACUAUGCUAUUUAUAGUUUAAAGUUCUAUCAGAAAAUAUUCAAUAUUGUCUCCCAUAGUUAAAAGAGGAGGAGAUAUUGUCCUUCAUCUCAGAUUCAUAAAGUGCAUCUCCACAAUGAAUAGAAAAUGUUCCUCAGGCUCAGCCUCAGGAAUUAAUUUUGCUGAACAGUGGCCACUGAUCCCACAAAUGCCAAUUACAGGAUGAUACUAAAUUUUAGGAUAUUGUUAAGCUGAAGCGUAACAGUAGCACAAAGAGAGAAGAGUCACACAGUCAGCAACCUGACUCAUCAACUUCUGUUAUUCAACAAUAUCAGUGUAAACUGUUUUUUGUCUAAUAUUAAAGAUACAUUUAAGAUGCAAGUGCUGUUAUGAUGAUUUCAAGUUCAUCCUGAUUUAAACAUCCAGGUAACAAAAAUAAUAAAUAGAUUCAGUGUGAAGUAUGAAAUCAGAGACCUUAGGUUUUGAUGUGCUUUGGUCUGAUGCUGCAGAAAUAACUUCAACCAAAUCAAGUGAUAUUUUCUUUCAGUUGCAGAGGAUUUAAAUGUGAGCCAUAUAACAAGUUUAUCCUAAUACUGAGCCAACACUUUUUUUUUUUUGAAUGAAAACUAUGUUGUGUUGGUUUCUAAUAACACACAAUAACCUAUUUACAUAUCACUUUUUUUUUUUAAAGUAUAUUUUUUAGGGCUUUUUAUGCCUUUAUGAUAGCACAGUGGAGAGAGACAGGAGAUGGGGCAGAGAGAGGGGGAAUGACAUGCAGUAAAGGGCCGUCUGAUGCGGGAUUCAAACUGGGGCCGACUGCAGCGAGGACCGUAGCCUCUACAUAUGAGGCGCCUGCUCAACCCACUGCACCACUCGACGCCCCUUUCAUAUCACUUUUUAAAAGCUGUUGAUAGUGUAUUACUGUACAGACGAUGUGUAUUUUAUCAAAAUGACACAAUGGAUGACUGAACAUACUGUAUGUAUUUGUUGUGAUCAAAUGUCUCGUCUCCAUACACUCACAUACUGGAGAUGCUGAUAUGAUGUACUCUGGAGAAAUGCAGGUCCAAACAAGCUGUGUUCUUCCUGUCCGUGUCAACAUUUGUUCAGGAAAAUGGAUCCAAAAGCCUUCGUCUUUUGUGUUUAUACUUAUACAAACUGUAGUGUUACAUUUCUACCAUCAACUUUAUCAGCUUCAAUGAAUCUCCUGCUUUUCUUAAGUUAAUACAUGUUGUUUUAUUUAGUUUACGUUUAUAAUCUGUUUUUGGAUACGAUGUUUUGUCACGAAGCUUCUGAAACCAAAGAAUAUCUCUAUAUCUCAUGCUGGUUGAGUGUAUGUAAACAUGUCUUUGUCAAUGUGUAACAACACAUGGAAACACAUUUGCUCUUUUUAUCACCAAAACCAGGAAGUUUUUUUGUCCUCAUGUCUGAGGGACCUGUGAAGAAUAAAAGGAAACAAGCUGUUUGUGACAACACA